AUGAAGAAGCGACACGGAGCUCAACACUUCUGGAAGAGCAUGACGGGCCAGCAGCCUCAGUCCGAGCCUGACAGAACCGGUGGCGGAGACACGAUGGUAACUGACACUAACAUUACCGCCACCUUUGACAAUCUCUCUCAGAAUGUGGUACCUAUCCCUAUCAGAUCCAUCCCUCCUCUGGGCCAGUCAGACAGUCACAUGUCAGUCUCUUAUGAGGAUAAGACCGGGGCUACCGUAAUGUUCUCUGGGAUAUUCCUGGGUCUGGUGGGCAUGACUUCACAGCCAUGGGCUGGCUCAAGUAUGGUGUCAGCCGCAGCUUCAAGUGGACCCAGCUGCUUGGCCCCAUUCUGCUCUCUGUAGGAGGCACCUUCAUCCUAAUCAGCAUCUGUAAGUUCAGGAUGCUCUCCUGCCGGGCAUGUAAGCAGAGCGACUAUGACGAAGAGCUGUCAGAGUCGCUGGAGAUCCCAGGGUCUGGCCAAUUGUUUGUGUUCAACGGGAUCAAUCAGCCGAUCAUGUUCCACGGAGCUACGGUGGUGCAGUAUAUCCUGGCUCCGUGUGGAUCAGUGACACAGGAAGGGAAUCCAGCCAAUGGGUUUCAGCCCAAUAGCGGCUCAGCCAAUGGGGUUCCCAGAAACGUGCCACCUCAAUACUACACUGUGUGCCUGUUGGGUAAUGUUUACAGGAGACAACAACAGCCCUCCAAACAGCAGGUCAGACUGCAGACAAGACCACAGACAUAG